AUGGACAACUUAGAUAUAAAAACUUUAUUAGUUGGAAGAUUUUUUUAACAAAGGAGUGAUUAAAGUCCAAUAUCUCUUCGGUAGAUAGCUAACUUGAUAAGCAAAGUCAUUUAAAUAUUUAAAGAGUAAUAAUCUCCAACUUUGAUUCACUUGGAAUUUAGCGAUAAAUCCACAAACAAUAAUAUUUGA